AUGUCGCAACCGCUCUUUACCCAUAUAGCGACGACAUUGGCGGACCGGUUCGAGUGCUUCACGCUCCGGAGUGAUUGCACUGGCCGGAUCGGGCUGUCUACUUUGCAUAAAUGCACUUCUGCAAUUAGGCAGCUUGCCUAUGCCGGACCGGCUGAUAUGUUCGACGAAUACCUACAGAUGGGUGAGACGACUAGUCUAAAUGUGCUCCGGCAGUUUUGUAAGGGUAUUCGGGAAGUCUUUGGUCCGGAGUUCCUACGAAAGCCAACCCCUGAUGAGUGCCAGAGACUGCUAGAUAUGCACGGUGCGGUGCACAAUUUCUCAGGGAUGAUGGGCAGCAUUGAUUGUAUGCAUUGGGAGUGGAAAAAGCGCCCGGUGGCGUGGAAAGGCCAGUUCACUACUGGUUUCAAGCAGAAACAUCCGUCGAUGAUCCUCGAAGCCGUUGCUGACCACCGUUUGCGGAUCCGGCAUGCGUAUUUCGGUGUUGCAGGUUCAAACAACGACAUCAACGUUCUGCAGUCGUCGCCUAUCUUCAAUGAUGAGUGCCGGGGAGAGGGUCCAGAGAUCAGUUUUGUAGCAAAUGGCACGCAGUAUCGCAGGGGAUACUAUUUUGGCAGAUGGAAUAUACCCUCGUUGGCCCGUAUUCGUCAAGACACUUCGCCAACCGGCUAG